AUGCAGUCAUUGCACCAUUAUUGGAGUUUGCAGGUGUCAGCGAUCAGUAUCAACGAGUGGAUUUCGACGAACGGCGGGAAAUUGCAGUCGAUUUUGCGUUUCACUUCGGAGGACUUGGCAGAGGAAGGUGCUCGCACCGCACCGGAUCUCCGUGUGGUUCAGACAUUGACGCAGGGUUACAACCCGAAGGCGGAAAACCUGUCGGAGAGUUACGUGCCGAUUGGGCCCACAGUGAAGGUGUUGCCGUGUCUGCACAUCCUGCCGUUGCUCAACAGCGACCCUUUGCGACCGAGCACGACAACGGCCGUUUAUUUGAAGCGCCCGCUGGUACAGCUCCGUCCGGGCUUCAUCGACGCCAUGACCACGCUCGUCGAGGCGAGUCGCUACGGCACCGAGAACAUCGGCAUGUCCACGACCGUGGGUGCGUCUGCUUCUUCCGCCGCCGCUGCUGCCUCGGCCGUGACGUCCGGAGGUCAAGGAGUGUUCGUCAACACACACCAAUGGCCGCUGUGUGGCGAGCCGAGCAUGGCUUCGCAAGCGCCGUCAUCCUUUGGCGAGACGGCGGGCACCGACGCGCCUUCGGAGGUGACUUCGGAGGGGUUGACGGAGCGCGGGUCGUCCACGGGUUUGUCAGAGGACCGUGCACUCGUGCGCGAAAUUCUAGUCUACGGGCGCACACUCGUACAGACCUACAGCAGUCUGGACGAGUCGGUGCAGACGCUUUGGAAAAGCUUCUGGCCGCGUCCGGUGACGGCGGUGGGGCGGCAGCGGUCAUCGGCGGUUGUCAAACGCGGCGCCGCUCUCGUGCGCUCGUUCCUGAACCCGGCGCCGACGCUGCACGCGCGCGAGGACCUGACGUCGUGGGAGAACGAACUCGCACUUGCUCGUAAAAUCGCCCAGUGGGAACCCGAACUGGUCCUGGGCGCGGCACACCGGAAUGGCCCCUACCAGGUCUUUACGUCGACCACCAAAUUUCAGGCACACCUCACCGGCAUCACCUUCCAAGUCAUCUGGCCCAACAAGCAAUACGACAUCGUUACCAGCCUCACCGCCUCCGCUGAAAAGCUCGCCCUCCGAAUGGCCUCCAUGCUCACCAAUGCCUCCGCCGACUUCCUCGUUUCCACGCGCGCCGCACUGAAAGUCGACUACCUAAGCAUACCCACCAUCUCCGACCAAGACAUCUGCCUCUCGCUACGCACACAUGUUGCCUACCCACUAGCAUCCCGCGUGCUCCUCCACCGACUCAGCCUCGUCUCCUCCUCACCCAGACCUCUCGACAGCCAACAAGGGCCAGAACUCGCGCAAUGGAAACAAGCUAACGUCCCCGUACUCAUGGCCACCGACAAACAAAUCUACUACCCCUACUGGCUUCCCCUCGUACAUGUAAAGGGCAAAGUCAGCCCCAUCAACAUCAAUGCCUCGGUCGGAGACGUCCAGAGCCUCCUCUCCAUCGUGCACCAAGUCAACGCCUUCUUCGCCCGGGGCCAAAAUGCGGCCGACAACCAAGCGCGUGACGUAAACGAAGAACUAGAAGCCGUGCUCAACCGGGCGACCACCACCGCUAUACCUCUCGACUCCUCCGUCGGCAUGUACUUGCUUCCGCCUGCUUCCAACCAGCCUGCGACCAGCGCAGCCCAACCCGUCUUUUCGCCGGCCGCCACCCUCUCCGCUUCGCUCGCUAAGUUCAGACGAGACACCGCCUACGUGGGGUCCGUCAAGAUUGGCCGAAUAUGUCUGCUCCUCCUCGACUCCGGAAGCAAAUACGUGUCGUCGCCUCGCAGUGCCCGAUUUCUGAGUCGCACCAGUCGCUCCAUCAGUCGGACUUCGCCAGCCGCUCGACGCGCAGAAGACAAAACUCCGACGCAGGAAACUCCGGAGCAGCACGCUGGUAAACGCAAAUCGGGGGCGCUCCUAGACGGCCCUCCGGGCGUGCCGGAGCCGGCGGUAAGUGGUUCUCGAAUCUCGCCGACCUCCGUGCCCAAUCCCGACGUUCCCCUGGGCGCGGACAGCGACGGAUUCCAGUCGCCUCCGGAUGCGUUCGAAGACGAUCUGGGGCUUGAUCGGCGCGUGUCGUUGGCCGACAGCGGCCCGGUUUCGGCGCGGCCGUCGCUGGUGACGAAGGACGGCCGGGAAUUCGAUCGGGUGAGUGGGUUGCCGAUGGACUUGCUGGAGACGGACGCGAAAGCGACUUUGUUUAGUGGGAGCAAGGCUGAGGAACUCGCAAGAGCGCCCCGGGCCGGCGAAAUAGUGGCUUCGCCGCCUGCUGGGGACGCUGGUGUGUUGCUCCGGACGCCCGAGGCGUCUUCUGGCGCGCGGCGAGAACGACCGUGGCCGGAGACGCCUUCGCGGAAGAUGGCGUUGUUGGAGAAGCCGGGGUUGGCUUUGUACCACCUGAAGUCGCCGAGUAGCGACUGCGGUGACUGGUCGUGGUCUGAGGAGCAGUGCGCGAAGGACGCGAUCCUGUCGGUGACGUUCGGGACGGUGGAGGAGGUUUGGUUGAAUGCCUUUUACCAUACAGACGAGCAGAUGCAGAACGACGUUUUCUCGCAGGAAUUGCGGGCGCGAUUUUACGCUCUCAUUACCCUCGGUAAGGGUCAGGCCGCCAUCCUGCAUCAAGGGGGUCCGAAUCAGGAAGAUUCGGGUGUGAGUCAGGGUUCUGCCGGGAAUGUUACUGCGGACGCAGUAAGACGCAUUUGGGGACCGGUGCCUAGAGUGCGAACUACACUGCGACCAACUCUACGGAUCGACGAGUUGUACGUCUUGCUCAAGUCCAAGGGACCCAUGAUCCACUGUCACGCACGGACCGAUCUGGAGGCGCAAAUGAACCUGGUCACACUCGCCGCCAUGUACCACCGCUACGUCGACCUGAACAAGGCCGCCGUGGAACUCGUGACGCUCACACGACAGAAAAAUGCGGCACUUGUUCACACCACCGAACCCAUCCGGUCACGGUGCCCUACCGGGUCAGCGGUCCCCCCUUAA